CCGACAUUUGCUGCACUGGGCGACCUAGUAUUCACUAGGAUUUGAUGUAGCUAUAUAUAUAGGUUCAAAUACUCAAUUUAGGCUGUUCACCAGCUCCUAGUAAAUUUUUUCUAGCCAUUAUGCACUUAAAAAGUUAUCAGACCGCCCAUAGCAUGCCCCAGGCCCUGUAAAUGGCCUAAAAAAUUUGGCAAGCUACUCUAACUCUUCAAAACUUGAAGCUAAAUUCUCAGAUAAAAUUUUGUAUUAACUACUAGAAGUUCUACCUGAACAUUGAAAGAAGUUAUUAUCAUGGAGUACGAUCUAGACUCUAAUGGAGGACUCAUGAAUCAAAUUCUGGCAUUGACUGCUGCUCCUGGAAGUAGAGAUCGGUCAGACUCUGCCAAUGGUCAAAGCAAUGUUCCCGAGUUAGCGUCAAGUCUCUCAGCUCACCCAUAUUUCAAGCGACCUGGUAGAGGCCACAACAGAGACUGCUGUGAUGCCUGCGGAGAAGGAGGAGAUCUCAUCUGCUGUGACAUUUGCCCUGCUUCCUUUCAUCUCAUUUGCCAUGAUCCACCACUGUAUGAAGAAGACAUCCCAUUGGGAGAAUGGGGCUGCUUCCAGUGUCAGGUGACCAAUAAUGAUGACAAGAUGCCAGGGGCAAGCCGGUGUGGAAACCUCAAUCUCAAGCUCAAUCGUGGUAUCAAGCGCAAAGAACGAGAUGAUGUUCCAUCUAAAACCCCCGGCAAAUCUGAUCUAACUCAGAAGAGCAAUAAACGUGAUAAAUGUGAUGCCAUCAGUUUAGAAAAUGGUACAACUUCUGGCAGCACUAGCAGCACCAGUAACAGCAGUACAUCAUCCUGCAGAGUACCACUUGUAAAUGGGCAUGAGAUGGCAGUGACUGAAUCACCCUUCAUGUCAUUAGUGCGUCAUGUUGCCACCAGCAACCCGAAGCAGUUUGUUCUCCCUUACACGCACACCGUCCCAAUUGCCUUUCCAGGGGAAUCUAAAAGCAUAUUUCGCUAUAAUGGACGACGUGGUGCUGCACCAAAGAAAAAGUCUGCUCAUGAUAAUGGAGUUGCACUGCCAGCCAAGCUUUGUUUUACUUGUAACAAAGGCUGCAGGAGCGGUGCAUUGCUGUGCUGUGAUUACUGCCCUCUGAUGUUUCACCUGGACUGCCUGGACCCACCUCUCACCAUCGCCCCCACGCAACGCUGGAUGUGUCCUAAUCAUCCCGAGCAGUUCAUGGAUGAGCAUCGGGUCACUACAUGCUGCGUGUCAGAGCGUGUACGUCUCUGGGAGCGUUGCCGGGGCUUGGUGGAUCAGGCAGCAGUGCAGCGCAGCUUCUUCAACAUAAUCCACAGAAAACGGCCCCCGUCCAGAUACAAGAUCCGAAAGGCUCUCAGGAAAACUAUUAGGGUACCUGAAGGAAUUAAAGAUGCAUACGCUAAUCCUGUACACUUGCUGCCUGCAUUGCCACCUGCUCAUCUGAGACCGCCCCCCAUGCCAACAUUUCCCCCUGAGUGUGUGACACCUGCGCACUACGAGUGCCUCAAAACUGAAGCAUCGUUCCUCUCUGCUGAUCGCAGCAGAGGCCGUAAUUCUAGCAGGGAGUCUUCGUCUUCUGAGGUCCACUUGCCCAUGUCUGUACCAUGUAGUGUUAGUUCGGGUGUCACUCGCCCCUCUGCCACCAAAGAACUGUGUUCCAAAGAUGAUCUGGAACCUGUCAUUAAUAAAGCCGUGAGCAGUGAUGGUAAGCCAUCAUUGUUACCCAUUACUAACAGCAACUGCAUAAGCAAAACCAAUGAUGAGACUUUAGAUUCCUUGUCCGCAGUCUCAGCAACCUUUCUUGGUGACAGCUCCAUGGUGCGUUUACCUGCGAUGGCUGAUACAGACUCAACUAGCUCGUUGACUUCAAAUGGCUCAGGAAAGCCUGACGGGAUUGACCCAUUACGAGUCCAUACUCAGAGAGCCAAAUACUCAGAGAAGAAAGAAACGGAAGCUGAUGCAGACACUACUUUGGAUAGCUGCAGUCAAAUUUCGGAGGACACGGAGUCACAGAAAGAAAUUUCGACUGAAGAUGAGCUAGAAGAUAGUGGUAAUCAUGAAUCAGAAUUUCUUGAAAAUAGAAUUAAAGUUCAGCAAGAGAAAAUCAUCACUAAUGAUUUUCCGGAUAAAGAUUGCAGUAGUAAAAGGAAAGAAAAGUCAUGGGAAUCUCACAACAGCGAUAAGCUAUCCAUCAAUGAGUGUUUACUCAAAGAGUGUGAUGUUAAAGAAAGACUGGGUAAUAACGUGAAACGUUUCAAGUUGGACAAAAGCACCGAUAGGUUAAUUCAAACCAAUGGUGAUAUUAAUGAUAAGUGGAAUUCUCUCCUUGACGAGCCCUUUGAGAAUAACAAUAAAAUUAUUUCUAAAAGUAGAGAUGAUGCUAAGAGUGAAAAUUCGGCCAGAAAUAAUUCUUCUGGUAAAACUUCUGAUAACAACGACGAUGAGGUAUGCAGUGUAGUUCCCAUAGAAGCGCGCCUACAGGACGGCGUUGAGAUGGAAGUGGUAACGUCAGAGCCUGCAACUUUCACAGGCACCAUCUCCUUGCAGACCGAAACUGAAAUGAAGGUUACGAGAGGAUCCUCUCCUGUCCAUGCAAAUUCCAUUGAUUAUGAUGCCAGCAUGUUAAAUUCCAUGGUCAUGGAUAAAGCAACUUGCCUGGUGUCAAACAGCGUUGAUGCUGUGACAAAGCACGCAGCAGCGGAAUCUCUAGUAUCUGUUCUCGAUAAUGAGACCAGCUGCUUAAUUAAAAAUCAAAACUCGAGUGCAGUGGAUAAAUUCCACUCAGAGACGGCCUCUAAAUCUGCCGAUUAUCUGAUGAAGCAAGCAAUAUUUGGGAGUAAAUCGAUUGGCUCACCGAACCCAGACUGGCCAUCUCCAAUAAUGGAUAUCACGGAUGACUCUAGUACGUCAGAGCGACCAUUGAUGGCUGACAGCGUGGACGAUGCAAUUAAGCAACGUCUUGAUACUGAUGAUCACCAUUACAACUCUAACAAAUCUAUGCUCAAUCAUAAGAAUAUUUUCGGAUCUAAUAAGACAUACUACAAUAAUCAUGUGGUCACCUCUCAAUUUUCGCCAACUACAAUUAAUACAUAUUCCAACAAAUCCUACCAAGUGCUGAAUAAUUGCCACAGUAAAUUGUUUACACCCAUCACCACCCACGCUGCCUUGUCAACACAAAGUUCUUUCUUCAAUUCGUGUGCCAGUGAACCCUGUCUAAUAGCGCCGCGUGGUGCGAGUAGUUCAAAAGCCUGUCCACCCAGGAGAGGUUUGAGCGCCUUCGCUGAACAUUUAUCAGCUCCUGCCGCGACUCAAAGCUUGGAUUCGCUUCAAGAGCCGCUGACAUCGCAAGCGGAUGCUGCCUCGGCUGAAGAUCAUGUGCAGGUUAUUGCUGAUGCUGCGCCUACCCAGGAGGAAAUUGAUAUUUGGCUAUCGAGCAUCGUGAGCUUCCAAUCCAGCGUGGCAAAAAUGAUGAUCAAGUCUAAAGAUUCUAUGGACGUUACUCCCUUGACUUCCUGUGAAUCAUUGACCACUUCUAUCCCUGCUCCAACUACCGUGUCAGUUGCUCACUGUUCUUCCGUCCCAACGUCGAGUACAACCCCAACACCAUCCCUGGUCACAUCCCCAUCGUGUGUAUCCACCGCAUCGCCAUGCAUCUCGUCCACAUCAACGUCGCAUUCAGGUGACACCGUCCCGUGUUUGCCGAAGCCAAGUUCAUUAUCCCUGACGUCUCUACCGUCGACGCCCCGGGCGGGAAGAAAGCAGGUGCUCAUCCCCCGCACGAGCCCUACAGGCAGCUUUUCAUCCUCCCCUCCCUCCUACCUCCCCUCUUUUGGAUCCUCCCAGCACCCCAAGUCUGGUCACUCCACGUCGAGUGCAACUCCAGCAACGCCUGCCAAGACCUAUAUUGCAAGGGUAUCGUCUUCAACAGCGAACAAUAUUCCCGAGAGUAGAGCUCUGUGUCUGUCAGAGCUGCUGCACGAAAGUCUGCAGGCUCUCCAGCAAAAACUUCACUCUGCUCACGCUAAAAACCACAGUGAGCUGUUGUCUGCUGACCGAACUCUCAUCGAGCUGCUGGCUAUGCAGCGACUGGAGCAGCUUCAGCAGCCCCCUGCGCCACUCCCCGCCCCUCCUCUGCACAUCGCCCCUUCCCUACCUGCCCACGCCCUCCUCUGCCCCCUCAUUGAACCCCCUGACCUCAAUCCGGUUUGGGUGGACUUGAAAACUCCCGCUGUGGAUGCUGCUCCGCCUGUACCCAUGCAGUACAGACUCCUUACUGUUGGCAAGGGUAGCAGCAAUCACGUGAAUUUGGAGACUUACGGACACUGCAAUUACAUAUCCAGCAACCACGCCUGCAUUUUCUUAGACGAGUACUCUGGACAAUAUGAGCUGGUGAACUACAGCAGCGAGGGCACGACGGUGGAUGGCGGGGUGUACCGCUGUGAUCUGUCAGGAGAGAAAAGCGUCAUCUCGCAGCCGCCUCCCAACUCCUUGCUGCACCAGGUGCGUGAGAGCGUUCAGAAGUAUCGCGAAGCUUACAUCAAGAACGGAGCUCCGGGCUAUUGCUUCUCCAUCGAGGACGAGACGGACGAGAAGAAGAAAGACUUCGAUGGCUUUCGCGCGAACAACCUGAGAGGCGAGACGGAGGCUGUCAUGACCAGCCGAUCCGACCAGGUGAUCCGACGGUGCGGAUGCUCGCGCAUGUCUCCAGAUCAGCGCUCACGAGGGGGUUGGGAAGGGCCCGCCAUCUUGCGGCACGGCUCUUACAUCAAGUUUGGAUGUGUGAAGUUCGUGUUCAGUGUGGUGGAGACAGCAAGCCUGGGCAACUGGCGCACGGUCACGGAGGAAGCUUACACUAAAUUCUACGAGCGCGAGUGCCGUGAGCGACGCGAGCAGCAGGAGGCUGCAGUCGCAGCGGCAAAGUGCAAAGAGAAGGAAGUGGCUCGGGCAAAGGCAAGCAAGGAUAAGCAUAAAGACAAGGACCAGCAUGAUAUUAAAGAGCCCGUGCAUAAAGAAAAUCACGAAAAAGAAAGGAAAAAGGAACCUAAAAAAAGCAAGAAAGAUAGAGAGAACAGAAAAGAAAAAGAGGCCAAAAGCAAAUCUUGAAACUGUUCCAUGCAUGUAAUCCGUACCUGCUGUUCUCUCCAAACCGCCGUCAUCAAUUGAGCUGUCAGUAUUAUUUUAUUUAGAUGGCAACUUUAUGGGCGACGUGUAAUAAACUUUUCUGAGUCUUUAAAAGAUUCUUUUUUUAGGGACGUUCCAUUUGGAAUUUCUACGCUUACGUCGAGAAGGAAGCGACUAGCCCGCCACGGGACGUCGACUUUACUUCAUCUGACUCAGCAUUAUUUAAGCUGUGAUGUCAUUUGGGGAAAUUUAUGCGCGCAAAUGCAUUCAUAUAAUUAUAAUCAGAUUAUUAUGUUUUAUCGACCGAUGAGGAGUUUUGCGUUUAGUUCUUUUAAGGCGAGGACAGCGCGGUUAGAGGUUUCCGCCGUGUGUUUUUAGGUAUCCGCCGUUCACUGUGUUGCGGCCUAAAGGCAUGAGGCGACCUUGGAGAAUCUCAACUGGCUCAUUCUAAAAGCGUCUUUAGCAGGGUUGAGCUAAAGCGUAGAAUUACGAGUACGAAAAUUUCGUUCUUCUUUAAGGAAGUGAAUAGAAAACAAUGCCUUUUGAGUAUUGCAUUCAGUUAAAACAUCUUGGCUUUGUCAAGAUUUCUGUGCUUAGAGCGUAAACCCAUUGAUUAAGAUAAUAAGAUGUAAUGACGAAAAUGUCUUGUAUCCAUCGCUGACGUUGCUAUCACUCGACGUUGACGUCGUGAUAUUGUAAUUAUUCAAUGUAGAAAUUAUGUUGUUUGUUUUUUCUUCUAAAUUUUAUGUUACUUACUUUUUGAAACCGUCAAAUCGCGUGUAAACGUGUAAAAAUGAGGAGUGUUUUUUUGGAAUGGUACGCUAAAUUUGGUGAAGUCGCAAUUCUUCAAUAUUAUUUGAGUGUUCUAUUAUGAGCUUUAUUUUAUCUUGUCUUUGGCAUUCGUAUAUUUUUUCUAAGUUUGAAGGAUAGCUAUCGUAAUUAUUGCUGGAGCUUGCUCAUGUCCGAGGGUCAUACUUUAGACUAAUCGGGGAUCUGGAUUCAGCUCAAGAAGUAAGUAAUUAGGUUCAUACAUAGUCUCUCUUGAGUCAUGAGUGAAUUGAAAUUGUGUGUGUAUCUUAGAUAAUGCGGUCGUUAUACGUGAAAAUGGAGGUUCUGAACAAACAAAUGUACAAUAAGUUGCUGAAUAGAUAUUUCUGUUAACUAGUAUGUGACCCCCAGUGAAUGCAUCCGUGUCACAGGUGUCCCGAUUAUUGGCUCCACGUUCACUUGAGUUGCUUUUCAACAAAUAAUUACUAACUCUCUAGAUUUUGAGACUUUACGAAGCUGAUAGGAGACACUCCUUUACAUUUCUCCACUAUGCCGAGUCUCGUUACUGAAAUCUUGUCAUAUUUCCUCGCUUUUAUGAGGUUCGUGUCGUCUAAUUUUUUCAGGUUAUCCGAUGUCACCAGGGUUAACAAUAUAAGUGUUCGAUAGACCCGUUAUGAAACACGAUUGUCUGAUCGUUCUUCAAUUCCGGCAUUCAUGAUGUCCUCAUCGCAUCAGCCUAUCCCUCUUGCAGUUAUAUGGUUGACAGCUGAAACGUAGCCGUGGAAGCAGUUAUUAUCGAAACUUGUUAUCGAAGUGACCCUGACCUGUGUGUAUGACGAUAUCCAGAUUUGAAGUACGACUUUGAAGUUUGUUAUUUCCUGUAGCCCCCACAAGAUUCUCUAUCAAAUUCAACGCGUUCGUGAGGCAUAAAUUGCAGCCAAGAAUUUAUCGAGAAUGAUUAAACCAUUUGCUUGCGUUAUUUUAUUUUUAUUUAAAUGAAUGGAGUCACGUUCUGCGAACCGAGACAAGAAACGCAUCCAAGUCUUCCAUCCCUGGAUGACCGACGGCGAACAUAGUGGCUGACACCUAAUGAAUUCUUGAUGGAGGACAUUAGUAUUUGUAAUUAAUAUUAUUCAAGUUUGGCUAUCGUUUUUGUGUCAGCUCUCGUCUUGUGGUAAGCUAGAGUUGGAAUUGUUCGUAAAUAGUAAGUCGCUGGCAAAGUUUUGCUGCUCACUGUCGUCGCGUGUAAGUCCUGUAAAUAUCUCUUGCAUUUGACGGUCCGCUCUCCUGCGCAGCCUUUUAGCUGUAGCUUCUUCCUUGUUUAAUCUUUCCGUGACGUGUGCGCAAUAAUAAAUUCAUUGUCAUUCAUUCCUCGCCAAAUGUGUUUCAAAUAUUUUGUAAUUAUGUAAAAAUAUGAUUUUAUACUCUCAUUUUAAUCUUGUUGUUAUAGUGGUAUCUAGCUUAGUCAUUCUUUUGACUUGAAAUGUAUUUUAACGGACUAAUAUAUAGUUUGAAAA